GGAGGCAUAAAGUUCGGACAACAGCAGCACAACAGCCAGAACAGCAGCAACAAGUGAGCAGACAGUCUCUCCAGAGCCUCAACCAGACCAUAUGAGCCAUGCCACCACACAGCAGCCUUCUUCUUCUGGUCACUCUUUGGGCCUCAGUUCAGGAUGGUUUGGGUCUCCCGGUUGUGAAACAGGCAGAACCAGAAGACAUUGACGGUGCGCGCACUCACCCAGUGAGGACCAAGCGUUGUUCCUGCAGCAACCCAGAGGACGUUGAGUGUCACUACUUCUGUCACCUGGACAUCAUUUGGGUCAACACACCCAGUAAGACGACGGUUUAUGGCCUAGGUGGGGGUAUGAAGCGACGCAAAAGGUUCGCUGGGCGCUGCACCUGUGCCAGGCUCGAUGACAAGACCUGCACCAGUUUCUGCUAUCUCCGCCCUGAAAUCCAGUCUGAGAAGGGGUCUCAGCUUGACAUCCUCAGCAUCUUGAGAGAUGCAGUCCAUAACUCAAAGUGGGUACUUGACACAGGGCACUCAGGCGGAGAACUGUUGUUCCAGGCUCAGAGGAAGAAUGCCUGAUGAACAUCGAAGCUACAGAGGCAGUGGGAGACGAGCACCUGAACAAAUGACACUCCUUCGGCAGAGAGGGAUUGUUAAGAGAUGUCUCCGAUCGGGAAAGGCCAUAUAUUAUUCUGUUUGUCCCUGCGAAUAGAAAGGUGGAAAAAGGUGCCCGAGGUCUGCAGGUACGCAAUGCAAACAGAUGUGGAGGAUCAGAGGUGGAGGAGGUGGAGAUGCUACCGGGUUAUAUUUAACUCUGGAUGAGGAGUCUCUGGAAGCUGAGGUGACCGUGCCCUAAAAGAAAGAGACCCAAAGUGUGAAUCAAAGCAUGGUAAUAUGGGACAUACAUGCUCUAUUUGCUUUAAUAUAAUCAACUUAUGCUACAUAUUUUAAAGAUAAUAUAUCAGUUAUGUAUUCACAUGUACCAAAGGGCUGAUUUUUUAAAGGGAAUUCCAUCCAUUUUGUUUUGGAAAGUUAAUAUAUUUCUGUAAAGCAUCAUAAAAAGGUGAAUAAAAAUAAGAUUUCAAGUUUGA